UGAUCCGCGCAGCAUCAAUCUUUUAAAGAUCCGAUCUUAUCUUGUGGGCCUUCUUUCUUUCCCGGUAACGCAAGUAAGCACCCGAAACCAUUACUCUCUUUCUUCAGUUACCUUCCAUUCCCACUUUUGCCGUGACUGUUUUUCACUAUUGAUCGGAGAAAACCAUGGGAGGAGGAGGAGCUAUGAGGACUGCCAUGAAGGUCGCCGGCCUCGGCGUCGCCAACGCCAGUCUCCGGGGCGUGCCGUUGUCGCCCGUUGCCGGACAAUCGGUGAUGAAGGCAUCGGUUCCUGCUUCCGCUGCUAUGUCAUCGCAGGGAGUGAAGGCUUCCGCAGCUGAAAUGGCGGCGCCGGUAAACACGGCCGCAUUAUGGGACACGGAUGAUUGGGAAUUCGCCGACACUGGUGACCUGGUUAUGGAGGCCGGAGAGCCGAUGCCUAGGGUUGUGUUCAACGCUGUGCCCAGCUUUCAGGAGGCCAAGGUUGCCACCACGGAAUUGAAAGAAGCUAUUGAUCAGAUAUACUUGUCUUCUAGUCCUGCCGACAACCAUGAUGUUUCUUCUGACGGUAGCCGAGUCUCUGUUCAGUCUCCUCAUUCAGAGCUGGAGAUUAAAUCUUGUGAACCUGAGCUGGUGCCAAAGCAUGCCCUUCAAGCUUUUCAAUUUCUGAGUGCAAGUUCUGAGGCCCAGACCGUUGUGGCUUCUAUCGUUUCGGACCCCAAUGUAUGGACUGCGAUAAUGCAAAACUCUAUGCUGAAUGAUUUCAUUCAAUCACAGGAGAAAGUUGCUGGCUCUGAACCAAAGAAGUCUUACAUAAAGCUGGAAGAGUUGCCUGAUUCCGAUGAUGAAACUAGAAGCCCAAGAAAUGGUUUCCUUCAUGGUUUCAAUGGUUUAAUGCAGAACUUUAAGCAUACGGUAGCUGAACUGAUAAGCAGUGUCUCGAGUUACUUUCACAACUUGUUUGGAUUCUCAUCCCCUGAGAAGACAGGUCCUGAUAGUGCUGAAAAGGCAAACACAUUCUUUACAGAUCACAGUACUAUGAAAGGAACUUUCAUGGGAUUGGCUGUGCUGGUUGCUUUGGUGGUUCUGUUCAAGCGAGCUUGAAGCCCUUUUCAUGCAGCAUUGUGAAUUCGCCGAGCUUUCGUAUCUAGAGAUGUGCUUGAUCAGGUUUAGUUUAACUUUUGGCCCAAAUGUCUGUCUUAGCAUUUAGUUUUGUAUAUAAGAUGCACGUGGGUUUACAGCAUGUGAAGUGGAUAUUACUUGUCCAAGAAGGUAUUUGCUAUGCGAAAUUUCCCAAUAUUGUGGUAUUAUUGGGGUCUAGGAGUGAGAUAUUUGUUGAACGUUGACUUCUCUAAAUAUUCUGUGAGGAUUCUUUUGUUCCCCAAAGUUAAAUGACAAAACCAACCCUCUAGAGUGAUGUUAUUAUA